CUUCUGAAUCAAGUCAGUCUGUCUCAAUCACAGUUAUUGUUUCAAUAAAAUAAGUCGUAAAGCUCUCAAGUGGAUUUUCUGAAUGUAAGAAUCGUAAAAUCUUCAUUCCCUGAAGAGUUUGCUCAAAAUGAGACAACAAAUCUCAAGAAAGGAGUCUAAAUGCUAAUUUUUAGCGAAGAAAAGAAGCUUUUAACUCAGGGAAUAAUUUCAGUUUAUUCUUUAGCAUUAAGAUGAUAAUCCUCUAAAGAAUAGGCCCGGUUGGAUCAGUAGAGACAAGAAUUUUCCAAUGGAAAGGAUUUUCACUAGAUUUCUGAAAAUAUAGCAAAAAUUAUAUCAGAUUGAAAAACUUAAUUAAAGGAAAAUUUUCGAUUGGUGAUAAGUUAUUCCUCUCAAUCCCUUUAUCUAUGAAAGUUCUUUAAUUUAAAGUUUAUUCAGGGCUUAAGUGCAAUUAAGAGGGGUUAUAGCCAUGCAUGCUUUAAGAAUUGAGACUGGUUAAACAGACCAAAACUAAAUAAUUCAUAAUCUCAUUAUGCUCGUAUUUUUCGUAAUUUUAAAUCCAUUAUUCGAAAUUUAUGUAAAAAGUGUGGCCUAACACAUUUUAACACAAUCCUUGACAACAAAAAUUAGAAGAAAACUUCUAUGGCAUGUUCAAAAAUUCAGAUAAGACCAUCAGCUCUUUGUUUGAUGGGUUAAGAUCAACCAAGAAUGUAGAGGCCAAUCACAGAAUGCUAUUGGAGGAAUAUCACUUUGAAUGAAAGUGCUUAGGAAGAGAUAAGCCAUGUUUAAUUUUCAACAACAAUUUUAAUGGAGUCAAUUAGCUCGAAGUGAAAGGAAUCGUUAGGUUUUAAGCUUUAUCUUGGCCAAGAGUCAUCUAAUUCAAACUUUUAGAUGCAAAGAGUCUUGGACUUGAGUUUAGAAGGUUAUCAUUAUGUGGGCUCUCUUAUGCAAGAGGCUCGAGGUGUGCCAAAAGUUGAUAGUAGCAAUAAAAUAUGACUAAAUCGAUACAAUUUGUGUAAAAAUAAGCCGCUAUAAACUCUAAAGUUCAAGAUAAUAGCUUUAAGUUUAUUUUCAUUUAAUAUGAAGGAAAUAAUAAUACAGAAACAAAGCUUAACUAAGCAAUGAAUCUUUUAUCGUUGGCAUUUCUAAAACAAUUUCAUCAUCCAUGAUGAAAUAAAUUGAAUAAUCUAUAAAGAUUUGUGUGAAAAAAUUAUCUACUUCUAAAAAGAGCAAAUAUCUAUUCUAGAAGAUGAACUUGAUAAUUUUAAUAAAUAUUUAAAGCCUCACAACCUCUCUCCUAACAAUUUUGAUUGAACAUUCAUAGCAUAGGCUUCCAUAAGCUACCUUUUUGCUAAACCUGAUAAAAAUAUUACAUAAAAUUCAACUAAAACUCAUCAAAAUCUACUUCUAAAAAAGCCCUAUCGCAUCUCCUUUCUCUUCGCUUGCCUCAAACCAUCUUUCCGCUCCUCUCACAUCUCUCCUAAUGCUCAAAACCCCUAAAUAAUCUUCCAUUAUCCAACUCUAAUCCCAAUAACUCACCACUUCAACCCUCACCAGC